UAAAAAAGAAAAGAAAUUGGCAUCGAGUGAUAGAGAAGAAGAAGAAGAAGAAGAAGAAUGCCGUGCCUCAACCUCUCCACCAACGUCAGCCUCGACGGCGUCGAUACAUCCUCCAUUCUCUCGGAAGCUUCCUCCACCGUCGCCAAAAUCAUCGGCAAGCCUGAGAACUAUGUGAUGAUAGUGUUGAAAGGCUCAGUCCCUAUGGCUUUUGGUGGGACAGAAGAUCCUGCAGCAUAUGGUGAAUUGGUCUCUAUUGGUGGUCUUAAUGCUGAUGUUAACAAGAAGCUAAGCGCUGCUGUUUCCGCCAUUCUCGAGACCAAGUUAUCAGUGCCCAAGUCUCGAUUCUUCCUCAAGUUUUAUGACACCAAGGCCCAUCAAAGUCAAGAAUAUGCACAGUGUUUACACGCUUUACACCAGCACUACUAGGUCAUGAAUAGGGAACAAAUACAUCUUUUGUGUAAGUUCAUCAUAAGACAAGACCUAUAACUUUUACUCUUAAACUAGGCAAAAUAAACAAUUAGAUCAGUUGCAGAAACCGUUUCCACAACUCUAAAUACCCACACUAUUGUUUGUUUUGAGUUAUAUACGAGGUUCUACUUGUCUAAAUAGAACGGGUUAGGUAGAUCAUCAUGUGGAGUGUUUAUGCCUAU